AUGCAGAAGGCUGUGGCGAACGCUGCUCGCCUGCCAGUGGUUCUCUGUGUAGGAUACGCAAUGGGUGCAAUAUGUACGGAGGAGCAAACGCAACCCGUGGAUCUGUCCUUGAAGAGGUCAGGGGGGGAUCCGGAAGAGCACGGAUUGGACCUGAGCAUCAGGAAAUGGACGAACAUCCACGAGCCUCCAAAUGGGACCACAUUGCCUCCAUUUAUCUGUCGCGAACCUAACGAGGCUUCCUAUCAGAGUCUGAGCCCCGUCACUCCGAACAGGAUCCCGUUGCAACCCUCGAGUCCCGAGGCAGGGACUUCCCCUAAGAAGACCCAUUCACCCGAAACUCCUAACAGUCUCCAGUUUCUCAAUCCAGAUGCCUUCUCGGAUCUGGGUCGACUGGCCGAGAUCUCGGCUCGACAAAGUCCUCAACUAGAAGAUACCAUGGAUGUCCUCUCGUGCCCGGAAUGUGGGAAACGAUACAGCACGUCGAGCAAUUUGGCAAGACACCGCCAGAUACAUCGUUCCAUCGCGGACAAGAAGGCCAAGCAAUGUCCCCAUUGCUCGAAAGAUGCUGUAGCAUUUGCGGACGGGCGCAUCAAUCUGACGAGGUCCAACCAGGGAGUAGAGUUCCACUUGUAUCCAAAAAGUCAGACCUUGAUGUUGUCACAGCCAAAUCAGAGUUUCCAGUCCAUCUUGGACUUCAACAGGGGCUUGGAGGUAUUUGAGGAAUCGAGCACUGGUGACUGCUACGUUCACCACAUGAGGGGGAAUACCUCGGCAGAUAUUUUGAGGGAAGUGGAAGCGCAGGAGGAGUUGAUGGAGCCGUCUUCCUUGUCAACGGAGGUCGUGUAUAUGACAAGGAUUAAAUUCCCAAGGGUACGGCUCGGGGACGUGGCGAGGGAGCGUUGCAGGAACGCUUUCUGGAUAACGCAUCAUCGCCCUCGCACAGUUCUAAAGCCAGUGGAUGGAUCUGAAGCGCAAGUCCAAGUGUCCAUUGGGGACAAUCGCGGAACUGCUGCAGCCACAUCUGGUGGUCAAUUGAGAGACAACAAGUUCCAGAGUCAAGUUCAGGGCACUAUCUCUGUUGGUGGAAGCAGCUUUUCGGGACAAUCUCAAGCCAGCAAUGGACAGGGUGGCUCUAGAAGUCAAGUCUCAGGCGGGGACACCGGUUUACAGGGUCAGAGUUCGGCUGAUACGGGAUCCUACGGAGGCAGUCAAGCUCAGGUUAACUUCGGCUUCGCGGAUUCCAAUGGAUCUGCAAGUUCCGGAACGGACUACCGAGGCAGUGUAUCUGGUACUCAAGCUCAAGCCUCGAAACACGGAGGACAAGCAUCAUCCCAUGCUUCUGGGAGAUACCGCUCUUCCACACAGGCUCAAGUAAAUGUCAACGGGGGGCAAGGGGAUCAAAGACAGGGUGGUGAGACUCGUGGAGGAGGGAUGGCUUCUUCUCAGAGUGGAAGUCAUGGCAGCCAAUCGCAGAGCUCUUUGCAAGGCCAGUUCGCUGGUGGUGGCAACUAUCUCUCCUCGGCCCAGGCUCAACAAUUUCACGCCGAGGAAGGUGCGCAAAGUAUCAGGGACGAGAACCUCUCUGGAAGACGGCACCACCGUGGGAGAGGCGGUGCACCUGCGCAAGGUCACGGGUAUGGCGUAGGGGGACAUCGCAGGGGACCUCCUCCAAGUGACUUCGUGAGACCUGGAACGAGGUAUCCCUCAGGAGUGAGACCAGGACGUCAUCACAGGCCAUAUGCACCUGAUGGCAUCGGAUACCCUUCGAGUUCAGGAAGCUACUACCCUUCAAAUGGUCAGAGUGGUCAUCAUGGAGUACGACCGGGACAAAGACCUGGAUAUUUACCCCAAUCGGCCGACUAUGAGGGAGACUUCUCUAGCUCGGGAUCGGGAACCUGGGAGGAUAGUUCACAUCACGGCACUCAAUACGAUAAGGAUAGCACGGAUUUCGGGGACUAUCCAUAUGAUCGAGAUUCUCAAUAUGGGAAGGACUUUGGAUAUCCAUCACACUUUUAUGACACGUAUCCAUCAUACUCGGAGGAGCACGUUCCAUCGUAUCCCGAUCAGGGACACCAUCGACAACCUGCAGCACCAACUAGCCGGUAUCCGGAUGUCCCUACAUCUCAUUUCUCCGGAGAUGGAUCUUUGCCCUAUCCACCCAGCAGUCAUUCCAGCGACUAUCAUCGGGAUUCGUUUGGAGAUCAAUUCAGUCCUUCUUCUUCUGGCUCCUUUCAUAGAGGAACCAAACCCUCGCAGCAUCAAAACGUACACGUUCACGUCAACCAAAAUGGAGGAGAUGACCGACGAGUUCCUGGCAAGGCUAACCAUCGACAUCCGUGGACUCAGUCUCAUUUCACAUCAGAAGAUUCUCGACAUGUUACCACCCAUCAGUAUGGCAAGGAGAGAAGGGUGCAUCACAACGGUCAGUUCAUGCCAGGGACCAGACCCGUGAACGGCCAUCACGGUUUUCUUCCAGCGUUUGAUGGAAUAAACGGGGGAGGUGCUGCACCGUCGAAUGGAGAUGAACUGCCCGGUCCUGGUAUAGAUGUUCCUCGGGUGAAUGGACAUACUACGAACGGAGGAGCUCAACGGGCACCAGAUGCAGUGGUGAACAUUGAGGUAGUUGGUUCGCCAGGAGAGCCGGUACCAACACAGCCCCCUACCAAUGGACAAACCAUCAAUGGUGGCUACGGGUCUGACGGGGAAGCCCCUGCAGGUCCAGGACCUGAGCUUUACUUGACUCCUUCGGAAGCUGGGAUAGGUGUGCAAGAUAGGGAUGUGCCUGGUGGAGAUGCUGCUUCCAUACCGCCCUCCUCUUUUGGGGCAGGUGACUUCAGCUCCUCGGGAGAGGGGAAAAAUGCUUCCUCUUCCGUUUCCACUGAUGAGGCGCUUAUCACUCACAGCUCGUUCAGUGGCUCCACUAAGUGUGGGUACUUCAGCUUCACUUGCAACAUCGUCUUCACUCUUCCCAAGAAAAUUAGGAUUUGCAAGCCUGUACCUGUUCAUACUCUGUGCUGCAAAAUUUGCUGAGCAUUUCUCAAGAUCUUCAAUACAAGAAACUGGAGGAUGCUGGUGGAUUUUCAUUCAUUUCCCAUGCUUCACCUGUAGAACCCACAAGCUGCUAUAUAUAAUCAGACUAUUGCUGACUGUGGCAGGUGGAACCUGAAACUUAUCGCUAUACAAUCAAAAAUAGAACCUUACCUGCAGUUUUACUUCUCUGGAGAUGGUUUCAUUUUCCAAUAUACUGU